UGAGAGUCGUUCCCUGCCCUGGGUCACAUCUUCGUCGCUUUCGCCGGGUUCAGCGCAUCCUAUUUCAUUCUAAUACAGAGGUUGAGUACAUCAGCCAUAUAAAGACCCCACCGUCUGCCCGAAACAUUUGCUGUCUUUCUGUCGCCUUCCCGAAGAGCAUUGCAUCGACUCUAGUGGUGUCUGUGAAGACAAGGACCAAAAAGACGCCAUGGAUGAGGAAUAUGAUGUUAUCGUUUUGGGCACUGGCCUCACGGAGUGCAUCCUGUCUGGGAUCAUGUCUGUGAAUGGCAAGAAGGUUCUUCACAUGGACAGGAACCCUUAUUACGGAGGAGAGAGUUCCUCCAUCACCCCAUUAGAGGAGCUGUACAAGCGCUUCGGCCAGAGUGACAGUCCUCCAGAGGCCAUGGGCAGAGGCAGAGACUGGAACGUGGACCUCAUUCCCAAGUUCCUCAUGGCCAAUGGUCAGCUGGUGAAGAUGCUGUUGUAUACGGAGGUGACUCGCUACCUGGACUUCAAGGUGGUAGAGGGCAGCUUCGUGUACAAGGGAGGGAAGAUCUACAAGGUCCCCUCCACUGAGACCGAGGCUCUGGCCUCCAACCUCAUGGGCAUGUUCGAGAAGAGACGGUUCCGGAAGUUCCUGGUGUUUGUGGCUAACUUUGACGAGAACGACCCCAAGACGUUUGAGGGCGUGGACCCCAAGACAACAUCGAUGAGAGACGUCUACAAGAAGUUUGACCUGGGCCAGGACGUCAUCGACUUCACCGGCCAUGCACUGGCCCUCUACAGGACAGACGACUACAUGGACCAGCCAUGUCUGGAGACCAUCAACCGCAUCAAGCUGUACAGCGAGUCCCUGGCACGCUAUGGCAAGAGCCCCUACCUGUACCCCCUCUACGGCCUGGGAGAACUGCCCCAAGGAUUCGCUCGGCUAAGUGCAAUUUAUGGAGGAACAUACAUGCUGAACAAGCCAGUGGAUGAGAUUGUGAUGGAGAACGGCGUUGUGGUCGGAGUCAAAUCCGAGGGAGAGGUCGCUCGCUGCAAGCAGCUGAUCUGUGACCCCAGCUAUGUGCCUGACCGCGUGAGGAAGGCCGGCCAGGUCAUCCGCGUGAUCUGCAUCCUGAGUCACCCCAUCAAGAACACCAACGAUGCUAACUCCUGCCAGAUCAUCAUCCCCCAGAACCAAGUCAACCGCACCUCCGAUAUUUAUGUGUGUAUGAUCUCAUAUGCGCACAACGUGGCGGCCCAGGGCAAGUACAUCGCCAUCGUCAGCACCACCGUGGAGACAGCCGAGCCCGAAGCCGAGAUCGAGCCGGCCCUCGAGCUGCUGGAGCCCAUCGACCAGAAGUUUGUGGCCAUCAGUGAUCUCUACGAGCCCUCCGAUGACGGAUCAGAGAGCCAGGUUUUUGCCUCCAGAGCAUACGAUGCCACCACCCACUUUGAGACCACCUGCAACGACAUCAAAGACAUCUACAAGCGCAUGACGGGCACCGACUUUGACUUUGAGAACAUGAAGCGCAAACAGAACGACGUGUUUGGGGAGGACGAGCAGUAAGCCAGUGAAGUGCAGGCGAGUGUGUGUGUGCGCGUGUGUGUGUGUGCGUGCGUGUGUGUGUGUGUGUGUAUCAGUGUAGGGUGGGUGGAGGAGAAAGGUGGAGGGGAGGAGUUGGUGGGUUUGGGGGGCGCAGAGGGAAGGGCGCGCCGGGAAGUCACAAAGUCAGCUUUGUCGUCGUACAGUCACGUACACCUCGAAACCCCUUAAAAAAAGGCACCCCAGACCCCCCACAUCUCAUGCACACACACCUCUUAUUGCUUCCUCGCUUGCUGCCCUCUGCCUCCGCACACACAAACUCACACAGUCCACAGUCACACAGACAGCAACAUGCGCGUGUGUAGCCUUCUUCUUCUUCUUCUUCUUCUACGGUUUUUAUUUUGUGCGCCCCCUUUAUUCUCUAUGAUAAUGCCCACCCCCCCACACCUCCUCUCAUUUUUUUUGACUGCACCACUCUACUAUAUGCUGUAUCGAUUGAUUCUUAAUGCCGUGUUUGUUUGUUUGUUUGUUUGUCUGUUUACGUGUGUGGUGCUUUUACACAUUCCUUGCUUUGUGUCCAGCCUCGGCGACGCUGUGUGUUGUUUCUGUGUCGUGGCUCCAGGCUUUUUUUUGGGGGGGGGGGACAAAAUGGAGAGUGUUGCCUUUCACGACUUCCAUUUCCCUUUUGUAUUGUCUUUUUUUUGGCGUUUCGUUCUUCCAUGUUCAGUCGAGUGUUUGUACGAGGCUGAGGCGGUGAGUGACUCACAGAGGCCUGUGUCAUUGUAGCUUUGCAGUGUUGCAUCAUUCUAUUGCAGCUUUUUUUCGUCUCACAUACUGUACAUAAUAUACACAAACAGUAAACACAUACUGUAGUACACACAUACACACACACACACACACACCGAAAUCCUCGGUGACUGCACCUUCAAAUUAAGCCACAUCUCAUGACAGUUCAGAGACAUGGGCCAGUCAGACAACUAAUGAUGACUAACUACUAACUGAAAAAAAACAAUCGAACUAUGAAAAUCACUCAAUCUCAUGUACAUAGUCACAGCCCUUUCAUAUCACACGCAGAUCAUUUGGAAAAACAAACAAAACAAAAACAAAAAAACAGGACAGAUGGAUGCCGAGUGGCGUGCAAGUGGGAAGCGAGGGACUAAGGAUGAUUUCCCUACUGGCCCUGGUUCAUAUGCAUGCUUAUUGCUUCAGACACACUCAUACUGUAGUUUCGUGUGGGCACCCAAAGCAGGGCCGAGACAGCAGUGGCUAAGAAAAUGACAUGAGCGUAUUGCUCUUCGAGCGCCACCUAUUCUAUUCUUGUAUUCAGAAAUCACCCAUUCCCUCUUGCCACAGUUGUCACCCAACACAUCAUAUAGCAGAGAGAAAGAGAGAGAGAGGGGCUGCUUUUUGAGAAACCACAGCACAACACAAGUAGUAGUACACACGAUUGUAUGAGACUGUGAAGUUAUCGGAUUGGGAGUGCAUUGAAGAUAACGCGGGGCUUCACUUUAUGAGGCACUGAUUUAAUUUUUUCUUAUUCGUUUUUGAGAAAUAGUGCUGGAGUGGUUGGGGAGCAUUAGCAACAAGGACGUGAGUGUUUUUUCUGUUGUUAUUGCACAUAUUUAUGAGGGAUGAGAGCCUAACAGUGGAAGGAUGAGAAGUAUGUUGCCAAGGAAACUAAAGAAGGGAGUCGGAGGAACUAGAAAAUGUGGCUGGGAGUGUUGAAAAAUAAAAGAGAGGACCACUAAGAGAGAUUGUGUGCUUUAGAUCGAUGGUUGAGUUUCUGGUUUUGAUGACGAGCAUGUUGUAUGAACUGUAGCU